AUGUAUCCUCGGUCGCGACAUAAGCAGCUUCUGGACUAUGUUCUCGUCCGGAGACGAGACCAGUGGGAUGUGCUGAUGAUAAAGGUGAUUGUGGGAUGCCGACGGGGGGACAGACCAUCGUCUCUUCAUCUCCAGGACGCGAAUUCGCCUACAGCCUCGAAGGAGUCCUCAAGGUAAGCGACCCCCAGGUAGGCUGAAUAUUGCAUUGUUGUCUUUGUCCGCUCACCAUCUCCAUUUCAGCAACGAGCUAGGUAAGCAGCUAGACAACUUUCCAGUCGCUGCCGCCGCGGUCGUGAACGCCUCCGUGGAGGACCGAUGACGUCAACUGCGGGACACAGUUCAGUCGACGGUGUUGGCCGUCCUCGGUCGCGCACGCCGCCAACACUAAUACAGAUUCGACGACAACGAUGCCGCCAUCAGCAACCUGCUCGUCGAGCAGAACGGCCUUCACAAAGCCUACGUCGACCGCCCCACCGACAACAACAGAGCUGCCGUCUGAUAGAAGCGAACAGGUGGGUUCCAGGUUGCAGUUCAGAAGACGAAGAUGCGGUCACUGGAGCAAGAAAUUUAUUGGCCUGACGUUUCGGAUUAUUGCUCGAAUCCAUCAUCAGAGGCAUUCGCAGAUAAAGAUGAUGGUGGCACAAGGCUUGCAGUACUUAUAGCACGUGGUCGUCGUGGGACCAUACGCGCCGUAAUUAAUAGCUCUCGCAAUCACCGAUGGGGUCGUAAUUGAUGCGGUGGUGGCUUUCUAGUCCGAGUCCGAGUCGUUAAUUGCCGUGAUUUCGUCAUCCGUGCUGGAUGCUGGUGUGACGAUUGCUCGGCAAAUCGCCUCUCUGUCACUGGGAUAAUUGCUCGCCCGCGUCCUGCUCACGUGACUGGUCCCUCUGCUCAGGGAAAAUCGCAGUACAGAAUAUGGUACCGGGAGGUCAUUGUGCUUGUUGAUGGAUUGCGGGCCUGAGAACCAUGACUCGAGCAGCUCGCGGCUCACGCGGUUGUCACCCCUUGCGAGGAUUUCGGCCUCUUGACAUUUCUGCGACAUAGUUGCUUUGUCCGCAACUACACCAGAUCCGGUAAACGACCCCAGACGUUUCCUGCCGUGGCAGCGGGUCUUUUGGCCUCAUGACUUCGCGCCUAAUGGUUGCUUCCGGCCUGUGUGCAAUCCCAACUCCAAGUGGAGUUAGAAGACAACUGACGGCUUCCGAGACGUUCUUCACGUACGGAAGAGCCCGCCAACAUUUGGGACCGGUUGGAUUUGGUUCCUGGUGUCGUUUUCGUAUGCACUGGCUGACAAAGUUGCGCGGGUAACCGUGGGCUCUCAUUACCCCUCGAAGAUACUGUAAUUCAACAAACUUGUCCUCAAUUUCACUGCAGUGCGUCUCAACGCGCCGGUAAAGCGCCCUUACGCAACUGCGUUUGUGACUGAUCGGGUGGUUGCUAUUGAAGUUCAGUAUUUGCGUCGUAUUUGUCGCUUUCCUGAACACUUUGGUUUUUAGGCCACCACAAUCUUAGCGGCAUACGAGGUCAUCCAGGAAGGCCAGUUGGUUGUUUUCCUCCACCUCCAUCGUAAAUUGAAUGUCCGGGAAGACGGCGUUGAGAUGUUCUUUGAAUGUCAGCAUCUGAUCCCGUUCGAUGACGACGAAGGUGUCAUCCACAUACCGAGCCCAGAAUUUCGGUCUGUGGUGUCGGAAAACCAGCGACUCCAGUCGUUGUAGGACCGCCUCGGCGAUGAGUCCCGAAAUCGGCGAACCCAUUGGCGUUCCCUUCACCUGCUCGUAGAUUGUUCCGUCGAACGUGAAGUACGUCUUGAGACAGAACUUUAGCAGCUGGAUGAUUUAGGUGUGUCCGAGGCGAUUCUCCGUUUCGUCGUAUUUCUCUCGCAGGGGUAGUUCGAUGGUCUAGACUGCCAGGUGCUGUGGGAUAGAAGUAAGAAAGGGACGUGAUAUCAAAGGAAGCCAUGAUAUCGCUUGGCAGGAGACUUACUCCUUUAAGUUUCUCCAAGAAUUGCGUUGACAAGCUGACUGUGGUGUUCGAAUCGGAGGUCAGAAUCUUGAGGCGUCGGAACAGCCACUUUGCCAGUCUGUAGGUUGGAGUGCCAUUUAUUGAUACAAUAGACCGGAGAGGAACGCCCUCUUUGUGUACUUUUGGGAGACCGUAGAAUCGGGCUAGGGCCGUUUCUUAUGCUGUCGCCAUGCGUCGGUCGAUUGGCGAUAUUGCGCCUGAGUUCUCCAUUGCCAACAGUGUCGUGUUAAUCUCGCAUGUUAGCGUUUUUAUGGGUUUGGAUUCGUAUGGGACAUAGGACUGACGAUCCUCUAACAAGCUUUUGGUUUUUUGAUUGUAGUCUGUCCUGUCCAAUACGACCGCUAAACGCCCCUUUUCCGCAAGCACGAUAACGAGGUCGUUGUUGGUCCUGAGUUCCUUAAGUGCAUCGCGCUCGACCUUUGAAAGCACGUCGCGUGGCCUACGAGCCAUGAGGAGGAAGGACACUUGAUGUCGAAUGAGGUUCUUCGUUUCGUCUGUCGCUCCCGUCUGGCUGAAAAUUGAUUCCACUGCUGCGAUCAUGUUGGCAGGUUUGGCAUCGGCUGUGUUGAAUGAGGCCUCAUGCCGUAAAACCUGCAUUUGUUCCUCCGUCAGCUCCUUUGAUGACAAGUUGUGUACCAGUUUGUCGGUCUUGGAUGACAUUGGAGCAGGCAACUUACGAAAUUUGCCCUCUAGGGCUGCUUCGUGUGUUGUUUUCUAACGCAGUCGACACCUCGUUCAACAGCGACUGCGCGAGAUGCAGGACGUCUGGGCGGUUCGUAAGGCUGAGGAGAUCCAAGGAUACGCGGACCGCAACGAAUGGAAGAACUUCUUCGCCGCUAUCAAAACUGUCUACAGUCCACCGACCAAAGUCACUGCAGCUCUCCUCAGCUCCGACGGCAGUAACCUCCUGACUAAGAAGACACAAAUUCCACAACGCUGGACCGAGCACUUCCGAGGCGUCCUCAAUCGCCCUUCCACCAUCUCCGAUGCCGACAUCGCCCGUUUGCCGCAAGUGGAGACCAACAUGGACCUCGAUCUCCCGUCCACUCUCCACGAAACCAUCAGGGCUGUGCAGCAGCUCUGCAGCGGGAAAGCGCCCGAAUCGGACGCGAUCCCUGCUGAGAUCUACAAGCAUGGUGACCCACAACUAAUGGAUCACCUGACUUCGCUCUUCCAGGAGAUGUUGCGUCAAGAAGAAGUUCUGCAGGAUUUCAAAGACGCCACAAUCGUGCAUAUAUACAAGCGAAAUGGUAACCGCCUGCUCUGA